AUGGAAGAAGAUUUUAACAUUGAUGAGAAUUAUAUUAAACAAUUAUCAGAAAAAUAUAAAAAUGUUGAACAUCCUUUAUUUAUGGAUGAACUUCCAACAAAUAUCGAAGAAAAUGAAGAUUUGUUAGCAUUGUACAAUUUAAUAAUAACUGAUGAAAAUGAAUUAAGUUUAGCCAAAAAUUAUAAAGAGGUAGGUAAUGACUAUUUUAAAGAUGGGGCUAAAUAUUUUGAAGAUGCCAUAAUAAGUUAUACUAAAGGUAUUGAUGUAUUGGAAAAUUAUCUUAAAAAAAGGGAAGCAGAUCAAUUAAAAAAUAAAAAAAUAAUGAAUAAAAGUAAAAACGAUUCACAAAAUGGUUCUAGUAAGCCAAACGAUUCAGCUAGCUAUAAAAAAAAACACGAAAUUGGUGGCAAUAAUAAUGGAAACGAGCAAAAUGAAACCGAACAAAAUGGAAACGAGCAAAAUGAAACCGAACAAAAUGGAAAAGAAAAAAAUGAAACCGAACAAAAUGGAAACGUUGAUGGCACUUCUCUAAAUCUAAAUAGUCCGAAAGAAGAAGAUAUUAUAUGCAUAAAAGAUAUAAACAAUUUACUUUCAGAUUUAUACUGUAAUAGGGGUAUUACUCAUUAUAAAAAAAAAAAAUACAUAAAAUGCUUAGAUGAUUGUAAAAAGGCAUUUUCAUUUAAUAAUAAAAAAUACAAAAGUGUUUAUUACAGUAUUUUGUGUUCAUAUUACAUAGGUAUAUAUAAUGAUGCAUAUGAAUAUAUAAAAUCUUUUGAUGAAUUAUUACAAGAUGAAGAUAUAAAAAAUAAUGUAAAUUUAAAAGAUUAUUUAAAUAUAAAAAAGGAAGUCACACAAAAAUAUGAACAAUUUUUAGAAAGAAAAAAAAAAAAUGAACAGGAAAGAAAAAUUAUGGCUAAAAAUGAAAAAAAAAAAAUCAAUGUUAUUCAAGAUAUAUUAAAAAAAAGAAAUAUACAACUUGUUGAAAAUUUAUACAAUGAUAAUAAUAAUAUUGUUCCUGUGUUUUAUUUAGAUGAAUAUAUGUAUAUACAUUUUACUGUUUUUCUAAUAUAUAUAGAAAAUAAUAUUAUUGAAACUAUUUUAGAUUUUGCAGAAAAUCAAUGUAUAAUGGAUUAUUAUAGUUUUAUUAAAAAAAAUCAAAAUACAGAUAUACUUUAUUGUUAUAUUGAAUUUCCAGAUGAUAAAUAUUAUAUGAUAAAAAAUGAUUCAUAUAUUUGUGAUGUAAUUAAUAAUAUUAAAUUAUUUUCAAAAAUUAUGGCAAUCCAUAUUAUUGAAAAUGAAGAAGCAAAUCGUUUUUUCAAAUCCAAUAGAAAUGUUGUUUUUUUACCAUCACCAUAA